AUGACUGGUCAGACUCAGUCUUCUACUUCCCAAAAAUCUGCAUUCACAGACCCCACAACAUUGGCUCUGGCCAACCCUUCAUCCUCCCUCCCCUCCCCUCCAGCCUCCAGUCCAGGAUCCCAUUCACAUGAUGAAUCACUGUUUGACCACACUCAGCCUAAAAGCCCUCUAUCCGAGGAGUUUUCUCCCCAGCAAGAUGUCUCAAUGCCCAGCUUUGCUUCAUUGAGCUCACCAGCAGGCUCACCACCUCUACUUGAUAUUCCCAAAUCUCCAUCCUUUAGUUCCCUUGUCGCGAGGUCAACCAAGCGCAAGUCACCUGUCAAGCCAGCUAGUCGACGCCAUCCACUUUCGCAAUCUUCGUCUUCAGAUUCUUCUACAGGGUCGCAACUCUCUGUUGAACGGCAAUUGACCCAGAGCCCGGUGUCUGGCAGCGAAGAGAACGGCGGCCCAGAUGCCAGCGGGGAAGAUGAUUUCCUCAACCCACCUGGCCAUUUGCCAAUUUCUCAACCUGGUUCGAGUCAAGCCCCGGAUAUGUAUGCAGCUGAGCUGGAGUGGCAUUCUUCUGUGUCUCAGAAUGACAGUAAUACAGUAUCGCAAAGUCCACCACAAGGUCCGAUGUUGGCUACCCUCGAAUCGUUCUCACAACCUCCAUCGCAGUUUGAGUCUUUCCCGAUUCACGACCACGGCUCAAAGCCAAAAGUGGCCUCUGCUUUCCCUGAAUCCCCCUCCUCUAGCCCUUCACUAGCCCUUAGCCAGCCAGUUCCGCUUGCUUCACCCACGUUUGCCAUCAGUACACCCCAGCAAAGGCAGAAUUGGUACCAGGCUCCUCCGAGAAGACGCCAUAGCAGCCAAUCGAGUGGGCAGUCACCAAAAUUUGAGGACCCACCAAAUGCAUCUCCUCCCAAACGUGAUCUGGCUGCAUCUCGGGCGUCUCGACGUGCGUCCCGCCCCCCAAAAUUCAAGAAGGUCUUUCGUUCAGGGACUCUACAAAUCACACCUGCGCCCAGGCCAAUCACUGAGGAAUUGGAUACUCAGCACGCUGACCACUCGGACGCCCUCCUGCAAGAUGUACUGGCCGUACAGUAUAACACCUAUGAUCCUUGGGCGAAUUCCCAGACCCAGGACUACAUGGAUUCGAGCCAAUCCCAGGACUUGUCAUACCCCCCUUUGCAGACCCAAGCACCAUAUCAUAGCCAGAUUUUGUCGCAGUUCUAG